AUGGCAUCAGAUAAGUCCCCAGGACCUGACGGUUUCACUUGUGAAUUUUAUAAGUCAGCUUGGCCAGUCAUUGGUAAUGAUUUUGUCAUCGCAGUACAAUCUUUUUUCACCAAAGGUUUCCUCCCUAAAGGCGUCAAUUCUACUAUACUAGCUCUCAUCCCAAAGAAAGAUGAUGCAACAAAAAUGGGUGAUUACAGACCCAUCUCUUGUUGCAACGUCUUAUAUAAGGUGCUCUCGAAGAUAUUGGCAAACAGGUUGAAACAGAUCCUACCAAAAUUUAUUUCCACAAACCAGUCAGCCUUUGUCAAGGAUAGGCUACUAAUGGAAAAUGUUCUACUUGCUUCUGAGUUGGUUAAGUGCUAUCACAAAACCACAAUAUCAUCUAGAUGUGCAGUAACGAUUGAUAUCUCCAAGGCCUUCGAUUCGGUUCAGUGGUCCUUUGUACUGUCUAUUCUCUCUGCAAUAAAGAUGCCGGAUAAGUUUGUUCUUUGGGUGAAGAAGUGCAUUGAACUGGCCUCUUUCUCGGUUCAGAUUAAUGACGGGAAGAAGAGCUCGGUGGAAGGAGUAUGUGAGGACAGAGAGGCUAUUCUAGCUCAGUUUCCGUUUGCAGUGGGAACUCUACCAGUUAGAUAUCUUGGGGUCCCUUUAUUAACUAAGCGCAUGACGUCAAGCGAUUAUUCUCCUCUGGUUAACAGAAUCAGAAAGCGAAUAACAUCUUGGACGGCAAGGCAACUCUCUUUUGCAGGACGCUUGCAACUUAUUGGUUCAGUGAUUCACAGUAUCACUAAUUUUUGGAUGGCGGUUUAUAGGCUUCCGAAGCAAUGCAUAAAAGAGAUUGAUCAACUCUGUUCAGCCUUCUUAUGGUCAGGGUCAGCUAUGAGUACGUCGAAAGCCAAGAUCUCAUGGGAAAACGUUUGCAGGCCGAAGGAGGAGGGAGGCUUGGGCCUGCGAUCUUUGUCUGAGACAAACAAAGUUUGUUGUCUCAAGCUCAUCUGGCGUAUAGUGUCACAGUCAACUCUGUGGGUUCAAUGGGUUAAACGAUACUUAAUACGCAAGGGAUCCUUCUGGAGCAUCAGCGACACAACUACACUUGGUUCUUGGAUCUGGAAAAAGCUGCUGAAGUAUAGGGCUCUUGCUAGAUCUUUUGUAAAAAUUGACAUAAGGAGUGGUGCUGCCACUUCAUUUUGGUUUGAUGAGUGGACUCCCUUGGGGAGAAUAUUUGAUAUCACACAUACGCAAGGUUGCAUUGCGCUUGGGAUCAAACUCAAUGCCACUGUGGAGUUUGUUGUCCAACACUAUAGGAGUCGUCGCUACCGAGCUGAACACUUGGUCGCCAUUGACAAGGAAAUUAUGAAGAUAAGAACACAAGGACUCACUGAUGAGGAAGAUGUGGUUUUGUGGAAAGGGAAAGGAGAUGUGUGUUCGAGCUGUGUUUGA